AUGCUGCCACAGCUUCCACCUUUCCCAACUUUCGAAGAAGUUGAAGAUUUCCUCAUUCAAUUGGAGCGAUAUGUUCCAUACCCAUCCGAUGUCGCCCAAGUCGUCCAACAGAUCUACAGAGAUCUAAUGCGGUUCGGGCCUCCCGAGUUUCCUCAAAUGCCAGCCUUUGAAAGGAUUGUGCAAGUUCCUGCUCCUCCAUCACCGCCUCCACCAAAGACCACGGUGGAGAAAUUUGGUAACUGGGUGACAGAGAAUAAAUGGAUCUUGAUUCUCGCAUCAUUAUUAGCCGCGGGAGGGGCUGGAUACUGUGCAUAUAAUCUCCACAAUAACAGGAACAGACUUGCAGAGCGAAGGCGCAACUUGAGGAAUCCGGCUUCAUCCAAGAAAGCAUCGGAGCCACAGCGUGAUGUAGUUAUUAUACUCGGCGUUGACGCGGUUGAUUACGGAAUGACCAUCGUUAAAUAUUUUGUGGAUAAUGGGUUUAUCGUGAUUGGUUCUACAUUGUCCACAGAGGCAGCAGAUGAAAUUGAAAAGAUUGGGAAAGGAUAUGCGCGCGCUCUAGUGCUAGAUGCUGAAGAGCCUGGCUCAAUUCCUCAUUUCUUGAGGUCCCUGAGCUCAACAUUAUCCCUCCGCUUCCCCACUACCGCACAUGGCGACCCAUAUGCAUCAACUACGUCUGGUGGAAACCUUCCUCAAGUUGUCUCUUUAAUUUCCCUCCUAUCUUUGGCUCCAUCAGAUCAUCUUCCCUUUAGCGAUUUCGCAUCACCGAUUCUCCUUCAUGAAACCCUAAACCAUCAAAUCACACUGCGAGCCAUGACACCACUUUCCAUAAUUCAAGCCACAUUUCCUCACUUUAAGCACCGCAAAGCGCUGGGCAGCCCAUCCUCUCCGCAGAGCAUCUCAAAGGGUGCAAGUAUCAUCAUGUGUGUCCCUGCCAUUGCGCGUGUUGGCGUGCUUGGCUCUUCAGGGCUAGCCAUGGCUAGCGAAGCCGCAGUGCGAGGGUUUGAAGUCCUACGAAGAGAAGCAGCCGUUGAUCCCACUCUGAACGAUGUAAGGAAGUUGAGAUUCAUUACUGUUGAUGUUGGGGAGAUUGGUGAUGCUACGUCUGUGAUUGGCGUAAAGCGAAGGCCAACUGAUGUGGGCAUUAUGUCGGACACUUUAUUGGGGAUUGUGAACGAGAAGCGAUCUGGGUGGUCAUUGGAGUGGAUUCGCGGCCUGUGGCUUGGGAACAGGAGGCGGGUCGGCGCUGGGGCGCUUACGUAUACCAUGGCGUCUCUUCUUCCUGGUUUCAUCCUUGAUUUUAUGCUCACACUUCCAUAUCGGCUCGAGGAAUUGCGACUUUCACUACAGGAAGCACGACAGCUGGAAUCGGUACCUCCUCUUGAACCUGAUAUAACCAAACUUCCACCGCAAGCGACCGCUGCCGUGGCCGAGAAGACGGUCGAGGUAGCGCGUGAAGAGAUUAUGGAUGAGUAUGUUCCCACGAAGGCGGCGUCCGAAACUGAUACGGGGAGUGUGAGUAGCGGAGAAACUCGGGAGAAUGUGAGCCAGACGGGUUCGAUUGCUGAGAGCUGGGUCAUGCAUGAUGCCAAUGAUGAUCUCGCCUCACCUCCCAACGAGGGAGCAUGA